AUGAUCUUUUAACUCCGUUACAAUACUAAAUUAUCUGAAUCUCUAAACAAUAGCAAAGAUUACUAUUAAAUGCAAAGUACAAAGUGGAUUGCUCCUAGACAAAAUUAACAUCGACUUGAACACUUGUAAUUUACUUAGAGAAAUAAAGCUCGUUAAAAAUACCCAUAAGAUAUGCUUUUAUGUCUUGUAUCUAAAGGACUUGUACCAAUAGAAAAGUAGAGAAUAAUAAAUCUCUAAUAGAAUGAUAUUUCAUGUAAUUACAAAGAUAUAACUUCUGAAAUUAAAUAAGAACAUCCUUACUAUGGUUCAAAAUUCAAUCCCUCAGUUUCAGAAGUAGAACGAUGUAACUUAAUUAAAUAACCUCAUAGAAAAUAAAAAAGUAUUACCUCCACUUUAGUAUAUAGCAGUCCAUCCUCAGAUAAGAACUUAAUCAAAAGAUAAGGAUCUUAUUGAAGCUACCACUACCAAAAGUUGUAAAUUAGUAAGUCCUAUGAUCAAUAGAAGUGAUCAGAAACAAAAUACAAAGUGUUUAGAAUCUAAGGAUAAUAAUGAUAAAAUAAUUAGAACUUCCUCCACACCCUUUAUUUAAAAGACUGUUUAAAAUGAAAAUUUGACUAGUAGAUCAGGAUCACCAAAUCAAAGAUCUAAAUCAAAAGCAACUAAAAUUUAAAAAAUUAAUAUCUAAACGAAAUUGACUUAAAUUAAAGAACAGAGACAUACAUAAAAUCAUCAAGAAUCUUAAUAAGUAUAACAAUAAACUAAUUUUAAAAUGGCAGAGUCAACUGAAAAGAAAUUGUAAGUAAAGAGAAAAAAGAGAUAAUUAUAAACAACCUAAUAAUAAUAAAUUAUAUAACAACAAAAUUCUUAAAAGGACAAACUAAAUUAAAAGCAUACUUCUUAUCGUUGUUUCAUUAACAAAAUUAAUUUUUCUAAUAAUUAAUGCAUUUAAUCCCCAUUUAAAAUGGAUGUUCCCGCCUAUUACUUUUAUGUAGGCAAGGGUAAUAAUGGAAGUCUUUUAAAGAAUCUUUUUAGAUAAAGAUGGUGGUGGUAAGAAGUAGAAUCAUUAGAUUUAAACAAAGUUAAUAUGGUAUGGACUUAAUUAAAAUAAAAUUCAUGUAUUGAUUGUUUACCUACUUUUAAUAUGGCUACUAAUGAUACUAAUUAUAAUAAUGAUUCUUUCAUUUAAAGUAUUGAAGAUACAAUUGUCGAAUCAAGUGAUUCUGAAUUAGAUAUCCUUGUUAAACCACGUUCUGUACCAGUUUUAAGUAUCAAUCAAUUAAUAAGUUAAUCAAUUCAAACUAAAAAAAAAAUAUAAAUUAACAAUCUUAAUCAAUUAAAGAGAAUUUUUAAUUAAAUUGAUUUACAUUCAAUUUUAAAUUUUAUGGAAGAAAAUAAUCAGUAGGAUUCAUAAAUUAUUUUCAGCGAUUGUUCUGACAAAUUGCUCAUGUCUAUUAAAGGAGUAAAAUAUAUACAUAAUCCCUUAGUUACAAACUACCAUUCACUAAGAUAGUAAAAAUUACAAAAUGCACAAUCAUAUGCAAGACAAUUGGCAUUUAGGUAAUAAAAAAGCACUCUUUUAUAAUAUGAGAAAUUAUUUCAAAAUUAUUAAAGAAGAUUAUACUAAGUAUAUUCCUAUUACCUUUCACAUAUAAAAAGGAAUGACUGAUCCUGAAUAUUUCAAAUUUUUUGAUUAUUAUAACAAGAGACAAGAAGAAAUUAAAGAAUUAGAACGAAAACAAUAAUUAGAGUAUCGAAGAGAUAAAAGACUUAAACCUAUUAGUUUAUGGAUUGUAAAACCAGGUGAAUGUACUAAUAGAGGAAAUGGAAUAACUGUUUGUUAAGAUUUAUUAGAAAUCAAUAAAAUUUUAAAUGAAGAAUAACCUGAUGGUAGAUAAAGAACCUAUAUUGUUUAACAGUACAUUGAAAAUCCAUUCCUUUACAAUAAAAGAAAAUUUGAUAUAAGAUGCUAUAUGCUUUUAACUUCUUAAAAUGGAAUCUUUAAAGGAUAUUGGUAUUAGGAAGGUUAUAUUCGAACCUCUUCUAAAGAAUUUACAACCAAAUGCUUAAAUAAGUAUAUUCAUUUAACUAAUGAUGCUGUUUAAUCUAAAGAUGAAGAUUAUGGGAAAUUUGAGUUUGGUAACAAGAUUUCCUUUCUCGAAUACUAAAGAUAUUUGGAUACUUAUCAUCCUUAAUAAAAAUUCAAUUUUUUUACUGAUAUUUAUCCUAAAAUGAAGAAUAUUGCUUUGGAUCUCAUGAAGGCUUCUUAUGGUAAAAUAGAUCCUUAGAGAAGAUCAAAUAGUUUUGAAGUAUAAAAAUUUAUAUUCUAAGUUAUUUGGAUUAGAUUUUAUGAUUGAUGAUAAUUUUAAGCUUUGGCUUAUUGAAGCAAACACAAAUCCAUGUUUAGAAUUAUCCUGUCCACUUUUAAGCAGAAUCAUUCCUGCCAUGGUUGAAAAUUUAUUUCGGUAUUUAUAAGUUUAAUCAUUCUCCUAGAAUUGCAAUCGAUCCUAUUUUCCCUCCUCCUUAUUUUGAAGAAUGGCCUUAAAACAAAAAGUUAUUCAUUCCUGAUAAUGUCCUUGAAAAUAAUAGAUUUGAACUUAUCUUUGAUGAAUUAAUUGAGAAAAAAACUAUGAUCACAUUAUACAGAGAUAGCAAAGUUGAAUAAGAUUGUUUCAAAAUAGAAGAAGAGGAAGAAGAAGAAGAGAAAGAUUGACA